AUGUCAACCAGCGCAACAAAUGAGAUAGCAGCGCUGUACCCGUCUCCGCCUCCCUACAUCAAAUACUUCUCACCCGAGAAUGUGGCCAAAGUAGAAGAAUUGAAAUCAAAAGGAGAAAGUUUGAGUUCUUUGGGAAAUGAUUUGGAAUACCUGGUCCCACCGCCUGUCCCAACUCAGGGCCAUUACAGAGCAUUUGGAAGUAUAUGGCAAGUCAAGGAUGAACUGCCGGAUCUUGAAAGCAUGGGCAUGACCCAGUUAUACCAGCCAAAGGAAAUUGUUGGUGGGAAGAGCUCCAGUUACCAAGACAAGAUUCAAGAACUCCACAAGCUUCUUAAAUCGUUGCUACUAAAUUUCCUGGAGCUGACUGGCAUAUUGAGUCUCGACCCCGAACAAUUUCCAAAAAAAGUCGAACAUAUACAGACAAUUCUAGUCAACAUACACCAUCUGCUAAAUGAAUAUAGACCACAUCAAUCGCGAGAGUCUCUCAUUAUGCUGUUAGAGGAGCAGCUCGAGUAUAAAAAGCGGGAAAUUCAAAACAUCGAGCAAGUUUGUCAAGACGUGAGAGAAAAGCUCAAAGUGAUGAUUAGCGGAGGGGAGGAGGAAGCGGGCGGAAGGGAUAAGGAAGCAAAGGAAGAGGAGAAGGAAGUGAACGGAGAAGAGAAGGAUACAGAAAGUGGGUAA